AUGUUAAAAAUUUUACAAAAUAGAUUUUCAAUAGAACAUGAAUCUGUAAAUCCCCAUUAUGUGCCAUUAAAACGAGUCAAUAUCGAAGCCUACAUACGAUCAUUUGCAGCCGAUGUCAUUAUUCAACAAGUUUUUCAUAAUGACGAAGAAUGUCAUAUUGAAGCAGUGUAUUGUUUUCCAAUUGAAGAACAAGCAAGUAUCUACAAAUUUGUUGCUCGUGUUGACGAUCGCGAAAUUGUCGCUCAAUUAAAAGAGAAAAAUGAAGCACAACGAGAAUAUAAUGAUGCUCUUCGACAUGGUCAUGGUGCUUAUUUACUCGAACAAGAUGAAAAAUCUCAAGACAAUUUUAUCGUUAACGUUGGUGCACUACCAUCGGGUAAAGAAUGUCAUAUUUCAAUCUCAUAUGUAUCCGAAUUAGAUCUGGUUAAAGAUGGAAGUACAAUUCGUUUUGUUAUUCCGACAACAAUUGCUCCUCGUUAUAAUUCAAACGUGGGUAGCAUCAGUUCUCCAGCAAAUACAACAUCAAAAUAUGUUCAACAAAGUCCAUAUACAAUCGAAUUUUGUUGUCGAAUAGAAAAUAAUAAUGUUGCUCGUGUUUCUUCACCGUCUCAUCCAAUUCAAAUUGAUCUCAAUCAAUCAGAUGUUUAUGUUAUUGAAUUUGCUCAAGAAAAUACUCAUUUAGAUCGGGACAUUAUCAUUGAUAUUGAAUUAGUCGAAAAUCAUUCGAAUACAAUUUUAGCUGUUGAAUCCGGUGCUAUAAUGGCUUCGUUUACACCUACUAAUGAAGAAUGUCAACGUGCGGUGAAUAAUACUACAGUAGCUAAUGAAUUUAUUUUCGUUGUUGAUUGCAGUGGCUCGAUGGAAGAUGAGAAUAAGAUUGGAUUAUUAUCUCCUCUUCAUUCGCUUUACCGCGAUCUCCCAAAGGAAGGUAGUGCACGACAAAUAUUUCUCCUUACCGAUGGUGAAAUUUCCAAUGUCGAUGAAGUACUUAAUCUAUGUCGUUCGAUGUCAACUUCAACACGAAUAUUUUCAUUCGGUUUGGGUCAUUCACCAAGUCGUGCACUGGUCAAAGGUCUUGCUCGAGUAACAAAUGGUCGUUUCGUUUUUAUUCCACCGAAAAGUUAUAUUGAUCAUUACGUGUAUGAACAGCUACAAAAAUCAAUGCAAUCAGCAAUUACCAAUGCUGAAAUCAAGUGGAAUUUGGAUACAUCAUUCAUAAGUGUUCCAUCGAAAAUUCCAGUGAUUUUUGGUAGCGAUCGUCUCAAUGUUUAUGCACUUCUUGAAAAUCCAAUGUCAACAUUUGAUCAUGAGACUAGUGUUGAAAUACGUUUAGGAACAAAUCGAUUAGGUUUUGUGAACAUUAAUCGUGUGCCAAACGUAAGCAAUGAUGGCACAAUAGCACGACUAGCUGCCAAAGCACUUAUUCUUGAAUUAGAACAUUCGAAAUAUUCGUCAUCAACAGAAAAGACUAAUAUUAAAGAACAAAUUAUCAAAUUAUCACUAAAAUACAAUAUUCUUAGUCCCUAUACGGCAUUUAUUGCUGUUGAAAAACGGAUAAAUUCCAGUAAUGAAGAUAUGAUAUUACGUGAAGUACCAAUUCAAAUAUCAGCUGAUGAUAAACAUUUAGCAAUGUCAGGUUUUAGACCAGAUUAUAGGAAUUGUUGUAUCGAGUGUCAUAGUUGGGAUCGAUCCAGGCCUGAUAUUCUUUGUAACUGUUAAUUCGAUUUUACCCGAAAGGAAACAACAAAACAAUCAGAAGAAUUGUUACAGUUAACUUCUCCACAUGAAUCAAUAAAAGGAACAACUGGUGAAUGGUAUUGCAUAGCGACUAACGAGGAAUAUAUUGCAUUAGAAGAAAUUCGAGCAUUCUAUUUAAUGAAUCAAUACCGUAAUCCACAUAAAGGACGUUUAUGGGAUGACGGUUACGUUUGUGAUAUGUUCUGGUCUAGUACACUCAAGAAAUUUAUCAUUGUUGCUAUAGAAGGUAUUCACCUUCUUACUGUAGAGCAGAAAGGUACACAUGUAGAGACUUUUCCGAUUGGAUAUGCUCGUAGAGACUACCCUUGGUGGUGUGGCGCAACUUCAGAUAAAACGUUAUUUUUAUCGACAUCAGUAGAAGGUACAUCUAUCUACGAGUACACACUUAGUCCAAGUAUUAAAUUUGUCAAAGAAUAUCAAUCACCAGUUUCAUGUGAAAAAGACGAGUUUAUUUGUCAUAUGUCAUCAAAUAAUAUUCUCUUGGCUCUCAUGAUUAUUAAACAACAAAAUGAAGUACGUCUUGAUCUAUGUUCAUUGACGACACUUGAACGACAAAAAUCAAUACCAAUCGAUUUAAAAUAUUCCUCGUAUCCAUUUCGAUGUUGCGCGUUGACCAAUAAUCAAUGGAUAUUGGUUAAUCCAAAUCAAUCAGAACUUUGGCAUAUUUCUGAAGAUGGAGAUAUCAUCAAAAAGGAGAAUUAUACUCCAAAACCUCUUCAAGCCACUUUGAUCGGCAAAAAUAAACUUGCCAUAUUGACAACAGAAUGUGUGAAUAUUCAUCAACUGUCAUUGAUGAAAAAUAACACGUCUAAUUAA